GAGACAGUGGUGCUGGUUUACUGGCGCUCAGCCCGGGCAGGGAGGGGUUAAGCCGGGGAGGUGGAGUGGAGGACGGCUUUCCCGUCGCCAGGGAGCGGGCUGAGUGGAAACACAAGUACGUGAGUGUAAACAACGUGUCUAAGAGGGCGAGAAGCCCCUUCUCGAUAGCAGUCGCCGAGCUCCUCGGCCGGGGAACCCCUCCCGAGCGAGGAGCGACUUCGGACAAGUUUGCGACUGGUGGGUGCCGGGGCUGAGCCGGAGCCCCGAGCAUGGCCAACAUCCAGUCAGCCACGGCCAAGAGCAUCCGUCCCUUCAGGUCGAGCGAGGAGUAUCUGGUGGCAAUGAAGGAGGAUCUGGCCGAGUGGCUAAACGAGCUGUACGGGCUGGACACUGGGCUGGAGCGCUUCCUGCGGGACCUGGAGACCGGCUCCGUGCUGUGCCAGCAUGCCAACAACGUCAGCCAGGUGGCCCACGACUUCUGCCAGGACUACCCGGAGCUCGGGGACAAAAUGCAGCUACCCCGAGCCGGUGUCAUCUACACGGCGGCCGCUCAGCCCGGCACCUUCCUGGCCCGGGACAACGUUUCCAACUUCAUCCAGUGGUGCCGUAAGGAGCUGCAGAUCAAAGAUGUGCUCAUGUUUGAGACAGAGGACUUGGUUCUGAGGAAGAACGAGAAGAACUUUGUGCUGUGUCUGCUGGAGGUAGCCAGGAGAGCUUCCAAGUUUGGCAUGUUGGCUCCUGUCCUCAUUCAGAUGGAGGAGGAGAUUGAGGAAGAAAUCCGUGAGGAGAUGGACCUACCUGCUGAGGUUAUCCCUCCCAAACCCAAACCACAGAAGCAGUUGUGUGACUUCAAGAACCUGGAUGAGAUGGUUUGCCAUCUUGUGAGUCGCUGCACCUGCCCAGAGCAGUUUCCCAUGGUUAAGGUCUCUGAAGGGAAGUAUAAGGUGGGAGACUCCAACACCCUGAUUUUUGUGAGGAUUUUACGGAACCAUGUGAUGGUGCGUGUGGGUGGGGGUUGGGACACCUUGGAACAUUACCUCGACAAGCACGACCCAUGCCGUUGUACAUCGCUCGCGCACAAGCAAAUGUCAAGGUUCAGCAGCCCACACAGAGCCGCCAUGCCCACGCACGAGAUCAGGGCUCGCUUGCCAACCAGGACAGACCAGCCAAACAAGCCACAGACAGCACUCAUCCUGUCGAGGUCCCAAAGUCCCAUGCCUCCAGUGGAGUGGAGACUCGCCGCACCCUCUGCUCCUUCCCUGAGGAAUCACAAUGCCGCUCCUCGAUCCCCUUCACCAGAUGUUCCCGUCACCUCUGGAGGUAACUCAGUCAAGAGGAAUCCCCGGGACAAGUCAGAACCACGGCAAAUAUUUCAAGCCAGGCAGAGAGAUCAGUCCUCGACUCCAUCUUGCCAGAUUUCAACCAGCAUCAACAGCAGUAAAGCCAAUUCCAGCCUCACUGCUGCAGCAAGAACAGGAAGAGAGAAGACCAGGGCUUUGCCAGUGGCCGCAAAGCCCUAUUCUACAGCCCAGGAGAGUAAGGGCAGUGCCUUAUCGGUUGUGGACAAAUCCAAAGUGCCAAGUCAUUCUUUUUUUCCUCAACAGUCAGAGAACAGGAUGAGCUGUUCUUGGGUCAACACCCAGAGUGUUCCUUCCAAAAUUGACCAAAGCAACUCAGAUAUGAACAAGCAAAGCAGCAGGACUUUGACACAAGCUCACAAAGCUGCUUCAGAAAUGAGCUCUGUAAUCGCCAAAGGAAUGGCGAGAAGUCACUCACCCGCACCUGGUCAACAGUGUAAGCUGCAAGUACCUCAAAGUGUUGAGCAGAACACUUUGCCUCUUUCCCCCUCUGCCAUGGACCAGGGUGGUUGCUGGCAAAAUUCCAGCUCCACCAGAAGACCAUCAGUUAAUGGAUCAAAGAACCCAAAUCUGCAAAGAAGUUCAAUUCGAUCAAGAACGCCAGACCCUUAUAGCUUAAAUAACAACAACAAUAAAGACAUCAACACCAGCAGGAGCAAAGCAUGCUUACUCACACUGCUGCCUUUUCAUCCAGUGCAGGAGUCAGAAUUGUAUAGAUGCUUUGAAGAUGAAAUUGUGUCCAAUAUGAAAGCUCUGGGGUUGUGUUCACUUGGGGAAAGUCUGGAGGAGGGUGAGCCCAAUGAAGGUUCUCCACCAGGAAAAAUGGCCAGCUUCCCAGAGCAGAAGGAAACUCAAAGACUUAAUGUGGAUCCUGCAGAGUACUCGAUUUCCCCUUUGCAAGCUGGAGCCAACCAUAUCAACAAUGGCAAUCAGUGCUCCAGUUGUGGCAAUGAAGCUUCCUCACCCUCGGCAAAACUUAUCCAGAACGACAGUGGUUUUGGUGAUAUUCUUACCGAGCUCGUGAGCGGAGCACCUAGCCUCAGUCAUGUGGACAUUGAGAACUGGAUAGUGAAGACCUCCUUGCCACGUGAUUCCAGUGCUGGACUACAGCCAACUGGUUUGGAUGACUUGGAAAUGAGCAAGCCAUUCUCUGACAGAGCUGCAGACCAAAGUUCAAAUAAGGUUGUUUCAACAUGUGACCAAAAGAGAAAUUCUUUUAAGGGUGCUACAAGGAGAGAUAUGCCAGUGUCUCAAAAUGCAAUGACUACUCUUGAGCUGAAUUCAUUGUCCACCAAUGAAGGAUCUGACACCAACUCAUCGUUUGAUUGGCCAGUCCCAUCCUACAGUCUUCAGAAGACCAGGGUUCAGCAGGGGAGACAAAAGAGGUCCUUAAAAAAGCCAGAGAGAGUUCCUUCCAUCUACAAGCUGAAACUUCGGCCCAAAAUACGUCCCAGGAGGGACAACAGGCCAGAGAAAAAACCAUCCAGAAUCCCAACACCAUUAUCCUACAGACAGGAAGAUAAAGCAUUAAAAAGCACCACAAAAUCUGGAAGUUCACAUAGAGCUUUCAAGGCUAGCAGCAGAGUUGUGGGAUCUCAGGUUCAGGGCAAACAGAAAUCCUCUUUGAAAUUGACACAGCCAGAAGAUUUUGGCUCGGGAGAGGACAACUGGCUUCCUCGGCAUAUGAACUCUAGGCAAGGCAGAAUUUUGGAGAAACAAUCCAUUACAGGGGACACUGGGCAGGGAAAUGAAGAUGAGGGGUCUUGGGUUUAAAACCUUAAAGCCACACACACCUAAUCUCCAUCCAUUGAUAUUUUUAUGUGGGGUUAUUGCUUUGUUUAAAACCAGUGUUUCCAAAUCUAUCAGUUGAUCAACUGCACAAUUGAAAAGCAAUGCAAAGCAAUUAUCAUUUUGCAAGCUAAAGCUUUUUCUAAUAAAAUUAAAUGUGGUGAUAACAGCACAGAGUAAAAAUACAUGUAAAUACAUUCUGGACAUUUGCAUGUCAAACAUCCCCUCUGAAUGUUAAUUUAACCUGAUGGGUAUGGGGAGAAAGCUGAAAUCUCAACUAAAAUGAAGUAUUUGAAGGGCAACGACUGACAGAUUUUUUUUACACUGAUCAACAUAUUUAUUCAUUGCUAUUUUGUAAACUGAGUAUUUUAGAAAGUCUAGAGUAAUGUCUACAAAUGCUGAUUUAAAAAUUUGUUUACAAAUCAUUUCACAAAAAAAUUAUAAUAAGCAUGAUGACACUGCUGGGAUUAUUGAAGAAAUUGGGCUUAAGCACUGUGUUUACAGGAUAUUUCCUUUCUUUUGGUUUGGUUGAACAUUAAAUCCUAAACAGAGACACAGGAAACUGCAGAUGCUGGAAAUCUGGAGCAACACACAAAGUAGGAUCUCAGUGGGUCAGGCAGCAUCUUUAUAGACAGUCCAUAUUUCAGGCCGUGGCCCCUUUCAACUCAAAAUAUUGACUGUCUUUUUCCCUCCACAGAUGCUGCCUGACCUGCUGAGAACCUCCAGCAUUUUGUGUUUUGCAAUAAAUCCAACAUCAUCUAGUGCUAGACCUGCUAUUGGACACCUCAGUCUCCAGUCUUGCUCUAAAUUGUGAUUAAGUAUAGUUUAGGGAAAAUGGCAGGUUAGAAUAUGUGAAUAGAGAGCAGGAAACAUUUCUUCACACAGAAAGGUGAGCAGAAAUUAAGAACACACCAGCCAGCAUUGUGCUGAAGCUGGGGUUUGCCUACUGAAUCUCUGAGAUGAACUAAUGUUCAAUGAAUGUAUGAACGAUUUCAGAUGCAAGGUGUGUCUGUGGUGUGGCAGGUUAGAUCUGUCAGGCCUGAGUUAAACGAGGCUGGCUGCUUGACAAGCUGCUGACCUUUCAUCCAAAGCAGGGAGUUUUAGAGAGAAACAUCAUCAUUCUGCUGAAAGGUAACAAGGUCUGGACUUCUGGCUAUGAUCUUUGGAGGGAAUAUCCUCCUUUCCUAUGCAAGAAGGUUAGCAUCAGGUUGGUCUAUUUUAUAUCCAGUGAAUAUAAAAUUGGAAAGCAGUUUAGGUAAGAGUUCUGACACAGUUUUGGGGGGAAAAUAAUUAAUUUCUUGACAUGUAUAACUUGGAAAUAGAUGAGUAACUAUCCACUAUUUUGAAGGAAAGGAAUCCUGAUGCGGUUACAGACUGAGAAGCUAAAUUACAAAUAGCGUGUCUGAUGGAAGCUCAUAAGUUUAUCUUAACUCUUGUACAAGAUGUUGGUAAGACCACAUAUUGUGUAUUUGGUUACCCUGCUAUAAGAAUUUGUCAUUAAGCUGGAAAGAGCAGAAAGAUAUUAUUGCCUGGAUUCAAGGGCCUGAGUUACAGGACAAGGUUGGUCAGGCUAGGAUUUUAUUCUUUGAAGUAUAGAAGACCUUAUAGAGGUGUAUAAAAUCAUUGGGUGGGGGGGGGGAGGAGUUCGAGAAAGGAUGAAUGCAUGCAUUGCUUUCACAGGGAAUUUGCAAUAUAAAACUAAAAAGCAUAGGUCUUAAGUGAGUAGAGGAAAGUUUUAAGUGGACCUGAAGGGCAACUUCUUCAGACAGAGCCUUUACACGUAUGAAUAAGCUGCCAGUGGGGCAAGUACAUACAACAUUUAAAUGAUCUUCGCACAGGUACAUGGAUAGGAAAUGUUCAGGGCUUAUAGGCCAAUGCAGACACAUGGGAUAAGUUUAGAGGGGUGUUAGAGUCUUGGCAUGGCAGAGUUGGGGGUGAAGGGCCUGUUCCUGUGCCCUAUUACACUUUGACUUGGUGUCUAUCUUUGACACAGAGCAGCAUAGACCAGGAAUUUCAGAGAUAAACCAGUGUUUAAUGCAGGGAUUCCCAAACUGGGGUCCACAGACUCCUUGGUUAAUGGUAGGGGUCCAUGGCAUGGAACCCCUGGUUUCAUGUGUUGUUUCCUUAUUAGUGAUGAUGUUGUCAUCACUUGUAAAUGGAAGUCACUAAACUGCAGAUACUGCAAACCUGAAAUAAAAACACACAAUGCUGGAAAUGCUCAGUAGGUCAGGCAGCAUCCGUUGGAAGAGAAAAGGGGGGAAUACGGAUGUCUUCUGAGUGUUUCUAGAAUUUCUGCUUUAUUAUUAUAGACCAGCAUCUGUUCCACUGAAAGUGUGUUUGCUGAGGACUCCUGAGAUCUGCACUCAUUUUUCCCCUUAACACACCAUCAUUUGCAGGAAGUAUUCAUGCCAAUUGGUUGUAAACAGGUUACGCUGUGCAUCACCAUUGCUCAGAAUAAGUAUUCAUUGUAAUUAUGGCCAGUUGCCAUUCUGUUCCGUUGACUUCUGUUGAGAACAGUGCACUGACCCCUCUUGGGUACGUUCAAUUAUGUGGAGUUGAAAAUUUAAUAAGAAACAAUUCUCUUGCCGUGUCUACCAGAAUUUUUAUUUUCCAGCCUAUAUUUUUUGUGAAACAUAAACAAAUAACCAUUUUGUAAUAAAGGAAUUUUCAUUUAAAAUGUGAUUUAAUCACUGACACUGUUUGAAACUUUGGUGUUUCAAGCAGUUGUAAAUCAAG